AUGGCGUACAAUAUCCCAGAUAACUACUCGAAUUCUACACUUACAAAUUUAACCAACUUGACAGAAACCCCAUCCUUUGAUCCACUUCGCACUGGGUUACAGAUAUUUGCAAAGAACGCGAACCGUUACAUCUUACCUGUCAUCAUUGGAAUUGGUUUUAUCGGAAACGUUAUUUCCUUCCUGGUGUUCCGCUUCACUGCUCUCAAGAAGAUAUCUACUUCCGUUUAUCUUGCGGCCUUGGCGUUCUCGGACACAGGUUUUCUUCUCUGUGUAUGGAUAGUGUGGUUCGAUAACAUGAACAUGCAUUUCUUCCACACUACAGGGGUGUGUCAGAUCGUAGUCUAUCUGACGUUUGUUUUCAGUUUCACGUCCGUCUGGUUUGUAAACGCAUUCACGAUGGAGAUGUACAUCUCUGUUUUCCAUCCCUCCAAGGCAGCAAAGGUUUGUCGUCCAGUGUAUGCUAGAAUCGUAGUCGUUUGUAUCUCCACAUUUGCUGGUAUUUUCUAUGCGUUCUCACUGUGGACUGCAAGCGUAGUGCAGUACAAGGGUGUUAAGAAAUGUCUCUUCAUGCAGGAUCCAAAAACAACGAUGAUUUUGUCCAUUCUGGACACUUUCCUUACUCUUCUGAUUCCUUUCCUGAUGAUCAUCUUCAUGAUCACCCGGCUUCUUGUUGACGUUUCCAGUCUGUACAAGAGACAAACCAACUCCAACGGAAACAGCCCCUCCGACAUGGGAAUCGACAGUACUACAGCCGAAGAGCCGCUGUCCAACGAGGAGUCUCCAACCAGAAAUCAAGCAAACGACGCUCAAGGAAAUCGCGCUCAGUCCAAAUUAAAGCAGAUGUUGUUGGUGGUCGUCAUGGUAUUCCUCGUGAUGAAUCUACCGAGUCACGCAAUUCGGGUCCAAUCUUUUGUCAGAUCCCUUGUCGAUCAUACUUACCGCACAGACGCCACCGAGGCACUGUGGCAACAGUUAUUCCAGAUUCUCUACUACCUGAAUUUCGGCGUCAACUUCAUUCUUUACAGUUUGUGCGCCAAAAGUUUCCGUGUUUGUCUGAUGCGACUUCCGUCCGAGCUCUGUCAGACAAACUGCCGAUGCAUUCGUGUCAAGUGGACACGGCUUAUCAGUGUCUUCACCAAGAGUAAGGACAUGGAUGAAAACGAGAGGCGGGCACUGGAACAUUCCCGCCUGGUAGACAUUCAUCUCUCCGCAAUGCAUCUCUCUCAGAUCCCAUCAUUCGACAGUGAAUACGUCUGCAAAUCUCCCCCGUGCCUGUUGAGUCCUGACAGUACCGCUGUGUAA